UUCCUUUCCUACCUUGUACCAACAUCAUGACUACUGAAGAAGGCACUCAUACACUGCCCGAUGGGCAGCAGCUCUAUACCAAGACCUGGAAGCCAAAUGAAUCACCUCGGGCUGUCCUGGCCUUUGUCCAUGGAUUCAGUGAUCACUGCAAUGCCUACUACGACUUCUUCCCAAGCCUGGCCUCAGCCGGUAUUGAGGUUCGAGCUUUUGACCAGCGAGGCUGGGGCAAAUCAGUCAAAACGCGCAAAGACCGUGGCAACACCGGCGACACCGCGCAAGUCCUCUCCGACAUGCACUCGUUCCUGGCCAGCGUCGCAGUACACGCCGAAGCAACCAACACCCCACUCUUCCUAGCGGGCCACAGCAUGGGCGGCGGUCAAGUACUCACCUACAUCCUCCACCCAGAGUCACCCUACCACACAGCCAGCAAGCCUAAACUAUUCGGCGCUCUCGUCUGGGGCCCGCUCAUCACGCUGGACCCGUCAACCCAGCCGUGGAAAAUCACCCUGGUAGCAGGUAGACUAGCAGCGCGGGUCCUCCCACGGUGGCAGCGGCACACGCCGCUUGAUCCGGAACUGAUAUCGCGGGAUAAGCAGAUAGUGGAGAGUUACAAGGCUGAUGAGCUGUGUCAUGAUACUGGGACUCUGGAAGGCUUGAAGGGGAUGUUGGAUAGAGGGUUGUGGCUGGAUGAGGUCGGAGUGGAUGUUUAUGAGAGGGCCGGGCUUUUGCCAUUGUGGGUUGGGCACGGGGCUUGUGACCGUGUUACUGGCUUUGAAGGUACGAAGGCAUUUGUGAAGAGGCUUGGGGAUAAAGGAGAUGUUACGUUUUGUCAGUACGAGGGUGCUUUCCAUACCUUGCAUGUGGAAUUGCCUGAGACGACGGGAAGGUUCACUAAGGAUUUCUCGGAUUGGGUGGUAGCGAGAUGUCCUCCUGUGGCCGGUGGUGUCUCUGGCUUGGGUGAAAGUCAAGUGGAAAGUGGUCAACAGGAUGAGCCAGUUUCGGGCGAGACGGAGGCCGAGAGUGGAAAGAAGGCGAAGCUGUGA